GCAUGUGAUAUGAACGACUGUGUCUGCCGAUUGGUCCGAGACCCCGCAUACUCGCAUGAAACCUUGCGCCUCGCUCAACGGGACAGUGUCAGUAACAAGAAUAUGGAAGGAGGAUAAGGACCCGGAGUGCGGGCAGAUGGAUUGACGCCGCUUCUGGCAGUGAGGGGCAAUGUUGUUGGUGCAGCUAUGAGCAGCUCUCACAUGUAUAAAUAGGAGGGUUCAACUGCUCGAUGAUGAUACAGGGAAAGGAAGGGAGGAAGAGGAACUGUUCAAACCCAAUUUGAACCCAAUUCGAAACAGGGCCAUCACUUGUGCUCUAUUGAUCUUUUGAUCCUCAGCAUUAUUGUCUCAAGUACACAAACCCCCUUACACAACACGUACAAUGGGCGUCUCCACCGAAGUCCCACAGACUGUCGAGUGGGCGGGGAAGAGGGUCCCCAUCUACCCCAUGGAGACUGUUGACUUCGGACGAGUCCUGUCCCAGGAGCCGGCCGAGCUGGAGAUCAUGCUUCGCUGCUGCCAGGAGCAAGGCUUCUUCUACCUGGACCUGAACGGCCUUGACGGCAGCAGGUUCUUGGAUGAUCAACAGAAGACGCUCGAGCUCAUGCACCGCUACUUUGAGUCCCCAAUGGAGGCCAAGAACGAGUUUGGUCUCAUCACCGCACAUCUCGGGUACGAGCCCGUAGGCUCACGCACAGGCGGCCUUCCCAAUACCAGGGACGGCUAUGAGAUGUUCAAGGUCUCUCGUGACGAGAUCCAGAGAAAGGACCCCAAGUUCCCCCAGAUUCUCCAGAACGACACCGACAAGGGCAUCCUGAAGAACGCCAUCUCCGGCUCCAACAUCGUCACCAAGGCCGUCCUGUCCGGUCUCUCCACUGCCAUGGGCCUUGUCGGCGCCGCUCGCUACGAGAACGCCCACCGCAACGACCGUCCCUCGACCUCCACACUGGCCAUGAUGCACUACGUGCCCGCGGACCCCGUCAAGGACAAAGAGAUCGGCCACCAGAAGCACACCGACAUCAGCUCCCUCACCCUCCUCUUUGCCGAGGAGUGGGGUCUCCAGAUCCGCCCCCCCGGCACCAAGGAGUUCGGCUUCGUCGCGCCCAAGAAGGGCUGCGCCAUCAUCAACGUCGGCGACUCGCUGCGUUUCGCCAGCGGGCACACCAUGAUGUCGUGCAUCCACCGCGUCGUCCCGUUCAACCCCGAGGAGCACCGCUACUCCAUCGCCUACUUCCUCCGCGCGGAGGACGAGACCAUGUUUACCGACAGCGAGGGGAGAUACGUCACCGCCGGCCAGUGGCACGACGAGAAGUUUUUCCUGUUCAGGGCCGCUCCCGACAUCCAGGCUUUGGCACCCCCUUCCAUGCUGUAUGGCGGUAUGAAUGCCGACGAGGAGUGGACUCCCUACGCUCAGCCCGUUGCCAAGGCUCACGCAUCUGAAGUACCAGUCGAUGGGCCGAAGCAAGCGCCUGUUGCGAAGGAGACUUUGAUUGAAGCUCACUAAGCGGCAAACCUCGAAUGGAAGGGAGAACACAGUUUGUUAUUCUUGUAUCUGACGGUUUACUCUGAGACCUGAUUGUGUGCUCUUACAUCGAUGUAAAGCAUAGUCUAUAAAUUGAGAAAUAUUUGUGCCAAGU